UCUUCAUAGUGUGGUGCUUAACCCUUUGCGCCACCAGGGAGGCCCCAUUCUUAAUUUUAAUGAAGUCCAGCUUGUUGGUUAUUUCUUUCAUGGGUUAUGCCUUUGGUGUCAUGCUAAAAAAUUUACCACUUGAACCACACCUAAGUCAUGUAGGUUGUCUCCUUUGUUACCGUAGAGUUUUUACAAAGUUGUGUUACAUUUAUGCCUGCGAUUCAUUUUUAGUUCAUAGACCAUUUGUACACUUUCAUACAGAGAAAAUGCCACAAAGUUGUUGUCGCUCCAAAACUUUCAGUUUGUAAUCUCUGCUGCUGUUCCUCCUUGCACUCCCCACUUAAGUGGGUGGUGGGUUUUCCACAUUGGGAAGCACGAUUUUUGCGUGUCAGUUAAAUUUGAGGUGUUUAUUAAUGAUUUUUCAUUGCUACAGGAGUAGCUAUCCAGACCAUAAGGAAGGCGAGGACCCUGAUGAGACUGAGGAAUUAUCCUCAGAAAAGCCCCUGGAAUAUGAUGAUGAAACCAUGGAGUUAAUUCUGCCUUCUGGUGCCAGAGUGGGUCACCGCUCCUUGAUGCGAUACUACAAGCAGCGGUUUGGCGUAUCCAGAGCCGUGGCCGUCGCUAGGAAUCAGAAGGCCGUGGGCCGGGUGCUGCGGCAGUACAGAGCUCUGGGGUGGACCGGCAGCACAGGGGCGGCGCUGAUGCGAGAGCGGGACAUGCAGUACGUGCAGAGGAUGAAGUCCAAGUGGAUGCUGAGGACGGGCAUGAAGAACAACGCCACCAAGCAGAUGCACUUCAGGGCCCAAGUGCGAUUCUGAGGCCCAGAGAGGAGUGCGCUGCCACCCACCUCCACGAGUCCUGGCCCGAGUUUGGUGGGUGCUGGACUGUGCACUGGCCUGUGCCUGCUUCUCGCCCUCGUCGUCGUGAUCGGUCUGACUAAUAAUAAAAGUCGGGAUCGUGCUGGCAUUGAGGUGUUGUUAUUGGGCAGGGUCUAGAGCUGUUUCUGCAGAGUGAGAGAUGUACCCACCAGACCCCAGGCCCUGCGCUGCCAGCGGGCAGUUGCUUUACUGUUGUCCGAACAUCAUGGAAACUUGUCUCUGGUGAGCUCCCUGUACCCUUCAGGAGAACUUACUCCUUGGGGCACUGGGGCUUGCCUCAGGAGGCUUUAAGCUUAGGCAGGAGCAAGGUUGAAAGUCAAUCCUGGGUGGAUCACAGCGCAGGAUCUGGGGGAAGGUCUGGGCCCAGGGAAAGCGCGUCUGUCACCUUCUGGGAGCCC